CUCAUCAAUUUUACAUACUAGCUAGAUACUGCUCUUCUGACUCCUUUUUCUGCAGUUGAAAAUCAAACUGCGCAUUACACAUCUCACCAAAACCAAAAACUACUGUUAAUUUCGAGUUAUAUAGGUGGUUGCUGCAUGAUGAACAGCCCAACAGAUCAUCAAGAGAAGGGGCAGUUAGUGGCGAAGAGAAGAAAAUACACCAACACAGAAGCUUCCAGAGCUCCAAGGCGACGAUUCUGCAGCAGCAGCAACAAGAAGAAUGAAGGAGGAGGGGUGUCGACGACGUUGAAGUUGUACGAAGAUCCAUGGAAGAUCAAGAAGACCCUGACGGAGAGCGACCUGGGAAUCUCGAGCCGUCUGCUGCUGGCCACAGAUUUGGUGAAGAGCCAGAUCCUUCCUAUGCUCGGGCUCGAUCAUGCACGAGCCGCCGACUCCGACGAAGGCACCUCCGUUAGUGUUUGGGACUUGGAUUCCAAAUCCAUGCACCACCUCGUCCUCAAGCGGUGGCCUUCCUCGAAGAGCUAUGUUUUCAUUGGCAAGUGGAACCAGGAUUUCGUCAGGAGGAGGGAGCUCAAGAAAGGGGACGAGAUUGGGUUUCAGUGGGAUCCUUAUAACUCCCUUUUCAACUUCUGCGUUCUUAAACGGGCUUAAAAUGAAUUAAUCUGCGCCAUAUACACAAGUACUAUCAGUUUCUGUGACUCUGUUCAAUUCCCCAAUGUUACGUCUACGUUACGUACAAUAAUAGUACUGAUAGAUGUUGCAAUAAGUUGAUGCUCAGAUCUGUACCGUGUAAUUCAGAAA